AUGCCAUUACCACCGCUGCCGAAGGAGGAGGAUAAGGUUGAGGUGGAAGGGGUUAGACUCCGCCUUGUGUCGAGAACAGAGAUGGGUUUAUUACUGUUGUUGCUACCAAAACUACCGUCGUUAAACUUAUUAUUAGAUCCUGUAAAGAUGGGUUCAAAUCUUGAUUAUUUUUGGUUCAAAAAUGAUAAUUUCUUUUUGUGGAUGUUCAAACCUCAAACGAUAACAGAAAUCGCACAAGGGAGAUCCAUGAUUCUGGAGAACGACUUAGAGAAAAUGCAUUAUCUUAAAGCCAUCAUCAAGGAGACCUUACGUUUGCAUCCUCCAGUGCCGCUACUUAUUCCUCGAGAAUCAAUACAAGAUGUGAAAGUAAUGGGGUACGACAUUCCAACAGGCACACAAGCGUUUGUGAAUGUUUGGGCGAUAGGAAGAGAUCCUAGCGUAUGGGAAGAACCACAAGAGUUUAGGCCUGAAAGGUUCUUGAACUCUUCUACAGACUAUAAAGGGCUUCACUUUGAGUUUCUUCCAUUUGGUGGUGGACGUAGAGGGUGCCCUGGAAUUCCAUUUGCUAUAAUAAUCAUUGAAUUAGCAUUAGCGAAUAUGAUAUACAAGUUCGAUUUGGCGUUACCUGAUGGAGUAAAAGGCAAGGAUUUGGACAUGAACGACAAGUAUGGCCUUAGUCUUCAGAAGAAAUCUCCUUUAAUUGUUGUGGCAACUUCUCGUUUCUAG